AACCAAUUUUUGCUCUACCGAAAAGUUCGCGUUAAUCGAACCUCACCUUUAGCAUUUGUUCGCGGGCCCCGGCUUUUUCUCAAGAUACCACUCACCAAUCCACACCAAUCGACCAACUCCCUCCCGAGAAAUCGACCAACCCGCCCCCCAGAGUAAUUCAAUAUGGCUGACCGUGGUGGUGCUGCUCCCCGAGGCGGCGCUGGCGGCUUCGGCUCCCGUGGUGGAGAGCGAGGUGGUGACAGACGCCCCCGUGGCAGAGGCCGUGGCCGUCGCGGUGGAAACAAGGAUGAAAGCAAGGAGUGGCAACCCGUCACCAAGCUCGGUCGUCUUGUCAAGGCCGGCAAGAUCAAGAGCAUGGAGGAGAUCUACUUGCACUCUCUGCCCAUCAAAGAGUACCAGAUUGUGGAUUUCUUCCUGCCCAAGCUGAAGGACGAGGUCAUGAAGAUCAAGCCGGUUCAGAAGCAGACCCGUGCCGGUCAGCGUACCCGUUUCAAGGCCAUCGUCAUCAUUGGUGAUUCCGAGGGCCACGUUGGUCUCGGUAUCAAGACUUCCAAGGAAGUCGCCACGGCCAUCCGCGCCGCUAUCAUCAUCGCCAAGCUGAGCGUUAUCCCCGUCCGAAGAGGUUACUGGGGUACCAACCUUGGUCUUCCUCACUCUCUGCCCGUCAAGGAGAGCGGAAAGUGCGGUUCCGUCACCGUCCGCCUUAUCCCCGCUCCCCGUGGUACCCAGAUUGUCGCUUCGCCCGCCGUCAAGCGUCUCCUCCAGCUCUCCGGUAUUGAGGAUGCCUACACAUCCUCUUCAGGUUCCACCAAGACCCUCGAGAACACCCUGAAGGCUACCUUCGCCGCCAUCUCAAACACCUACGGAUUCCUGACGCCCAACCUGUGGAAGGAGACGAAGCUGAUCCGCAGUCCGUUGGAUGAGUACGCAGACACCCUGCGUGAGGGCAAGAAGUACUAGAAAAAUGGAUUUUCGGGCACUCGGCGUGGGAUUUCACUUUGCGUUAUAAUUGCAUCGGUGACUGGUUAGUCAGGUCGGUUCGGCAUGAGACACGAAGCUAGCAAAAUAGCAAUCAUUAAGAACUGACAUUCGGCUGCUUCUUCUGCUGCUUCAUUAUACUGAACUUGGUGAAUGGGCUCACGGGGGCUAGUGUUACGAAGCACUAUGCGCACUCUCCAGCUCGGUUGCGUUGAAUAUUCUGUUCCGGAGGACAGACGACGUGGUUUCAUGGUAAGACUCGUAGGUGCGUUGCUUGAUCUCACUUAUUUCGGAACGGAUAGAGUCAAUAGUGACGUCUAGC